AUGCAGAAUUUUUCUUAUAAUGAUUUAAUAGCAAAUAUAUAUCAUGUUAACUUAUACAAUCAAAGAAGUGUAAUACAUACCGAGAAAAUAACCAAGCUAUAUAAUUUAAAAAAUUAUAAUUCAUUAAACAAAAUAUACUUAAUAUCUUGUGGAAACAAUUUCAUAUUUAAAAAUAAUAAAUCAUUUAAUUCUAUAAACAAUAUACAAAAUGAAAAUAAUAUAAAAGAAGAUGAUAGUGAUAAUGAAGAUGAUGAUAAAUUAGUUUUAAAUGCAGACAGUGAUGAUAAUGAAGGAAAUGAAAGUAUAGAGGAAAAGAAAAUAAAUUCUGAUAAAAAUAUUUAUGAUAAUAAAUCCACUUCAACUAAUCUAAAUUACAACUUAGAAGCAAAAAAUAUUCCAACUCAAUAUAAAAAAAGGAGCAAAUACGACUCAGACAAGAUAAUAAUAUAUGAAGAUAUAACAGAAUUACCAAGAGAUAUAUGUAAUUUACUUUUGACCGAUGAUGAAAUAGAACAAAUAAAUACAGGUGUACCCGAUUGUGAUUUUGGUAAUUAUGUUAACAAUAUUACUCAUAAUAAAAAAAAAUAA